AUGGCAGUGAUCGUUGUAGCGAUAUUUUUCAUUGUUACUAUUGUGGACGCGCAGAAUAACAUCGGAUCAUAUUCAGAUGUAACGUCGAUCGAAGCGAAGCAUCUGAUUGGUCCUCAGAGACCAUUGGGAUCAUAUCCAAAUGGUAAUUAUAAUAGAUCAUCAUCAAAAUGGUUUCUCAUUCCACUGAUUAUUUCUAUUGUUGCUCUUUGUUUGGGAAUCCUUCUUGCUGGUAUUCUCAUUUGGUUCUGCCUCCGACGUCGUAGAAAUCGAAACAAAAAAGACGUUUCAAAUCAAUCGAAUAUAAUAUAUGCUGAUGAACCGCCGAUCUACAAAAUCGCUUCAGAAACAAAUGAGUAG